UCACUCACAUAUCCCAAUACCAAACCACGAGCCUCUUCUUCAACAUAUUCAUCACUCCACACACACACAUACACACACACACAAAUCAGAGACAUUACCUCCCUCUCCAGAAACUUUUUCCUAUUGCAGAGAAAAUCUAGUAAAGAUUUGGGUUUCAAAGAUCUUUUGAUAUUUUCUUCAUUUGGUGGCUUGGAUUGAAGACUAUAAUAUACUGAGCUGGACUGAACAACAUGCCGUGGGCGUUUUCUUCUUUGAGUUAUUGUGUGAAGUGUGUGCGCUUGGUGGUAUUCUUUCGCGUGAUUCUGUAACCGAUUUUACUUGAUAUCUAUUUUCCAUCUGUGAUAUUUCUUGAAACUAAAGUCCAUUUGGAGGGUGAGAAUGUACAUUGCAUUUACCUUGAAGAGAUACAGAGCAGUCAAGAAAGCUGGUGAGAUUAAAAUGCAUGCAGGGAGUGUUGCUUAUUGCCAAUUGAUGCUAGUUUGUCAGGCUGAAUAUUUCCGUCAGUUGCUUAAACCUGUAACGUAGUCUGGUCAAGUGAAAGCUUGGGGAGGUUUGGGAUUUGCUUGCUUCUUGUUGCUCUUAUUCAGCAAAAGCCUGGAUUGGCUGGUUUUCUUCAGUGUAUUAGAAAUCAGAAUGACCUCAUUAAGCACUGAAUGCUGAUUGGAACUGUCAGUGCAUUUUUACUACACGAAUACAGCUUGAAUACUUUUCUUUGUUUCGUCUUUGCCUUUCAUAACUCUUAGACAUUUUGAUAUUUAAGAUUUUCCAAUUGGAAAACGCAUUUCUAUUCCAGUUUACUUGGUUCUUUUGUCAUAGUACUCAUGCAGAGUAACUAUCAAUUUUCCCCUCAAAAGCCUUUUUUCUCUCCUGAAGACCAAGCAGGCGGUGGUAAUCUAUUGGAUAUUCCUUCUCCAUCAGUCUUCGGUACAAUGGCACUUCCUACUGGUUUCAACCCUUCUGUGCCUGUUCAUGGUUUCGAAUUUCAGUCCUCUGAGGCAUGUCCAAAGAAUUUCAUCAUCUUUGAUCAGACUGAUUAUCGAAGCCAGAUCAUGUUCCACCCUGCCAUGGCUUCCAAGUUUCCAUAUCCUGAUUUGAAUUUUAAUGCAACUUACUUCCAAGACAGCAUGGAGAGAAAAGUUGCAAAUAAUGAGAAUACAGAAGUUUCUUCAUAUCUGAAGGAAGAUUCAGCCGAUAUAAAUGCAUUACUCAGCUUUGAAGAGGAAGAACAUGAGGAAUAUGAUGAUGAAGAGGUGAGCACUGCACGCACCGAUGCAAACUAUGGAAACAGUUCCCCUGAAUCAUACUCUAACUAUGAUUGUCAAUCCAAAAAGAGCAGGACCACUUCUUUCAGGAAGUCCUCUGGCAGUACUAGCAAUUGCAGUGAGAAAAAACGCCGGAAACUUAAGAAGAUGGUUAAGGCAUUAAAGGGAAUUGUCCCUGGUUCCAGCAGGAUGAAUACUGUCAGUGUUCUUGAUGAAGCUGUGAGAUACCUCAAGUCACUCAAGGUGGAAGUGCAGAAGCUUGGAGUUGAAAAUUUGAAGACAUUUGCUUGAUCUCCUGUGUGCUAUGGGUAACUUUGCUCCAAUUCAGUCUUUCUAGACGUUGUUAUGAACUCUAGUUAUAUCUGUUGCCUAUGUGGAGAACUUAUGCGUUGUUUGCUACGCAGUAUUGUUCAGUUUCUGCUUUAGAGGUAAGGUAACUUAGUAUAUGGUCCUUUGUUUCACACUGCUGCUUCGGAGGGAAGGUAUCGCAGAAUAUGGUCCUUUGUCCGAUGAUAGGACGAGAAGUCGUUUAACAGUCUGCUGUAGUAGCUAGCUGCUCUUAUCUAAUUUCUCUUUCUAGCCUGUUUCCACUAGUUGCAAACUUUAUUAUGGUAUUUGAAUAAUUCUCCAAUAUGUCCACUUUCUGAAACUUUAAUCUAUAUUGGAGCUAUUUGUUAUUGUUUUAGUACGACUGAUGGUUUAAGAGAAAUGAUUUGUUUAAUAGAUAAUGGGGUGAUGAUUACACUUUA